CUCAUCGUGUUCGACAAAAUUCCGCAACCACGAUGCUCCACAAAACCUCCCAUGUCGCCUCCUCCCUUCUCCUUCGCCAUGGGAGAAGAACCCUACUUCUCCCUACAAAUCUCUUGAACCCUGCGUAUCUCCACCUCCUCCUCCCCUUCUCCUCUUCAACCUCCUCCGCCACCAUCGCCCAAACCCCACCUCACUUCAUGGUGGAGUACCUCGUCUCCCACUGCGCCUUCUCCCCCUCCGAGGCCUCCAAAGCCUCGAAGUACUUCCUCCACCUUCGCUCCACCCAGAAGCCCGACUCCGUCCUCCGCUUCCUCCGCGGACUCGGCUUCGACAGCUCCAACGUGAAGACCCUCGUCGCGUGGUGCCCCCGCCUCCUCACCGCCGACGUCGACAAAACCCUAGAGCCCAAGAUCGCCGCGAUCCGCGUCCUCGGCUUCUCCGAUGCCGAGGUCACCGCCCUCGUCUCCGCCAACCCCUCCGUGCUCCGCCUCUCCAACAUCCUCCCCAAGAUCGAGCUCCUCCGCGCCCACCUCCCCUCCAAAGCCUCCCUCCUCAAGGCCCUGCGGAGGGACCCGACCCUCCUCCACUGCAACCCUAACAAGAGCAUCGUCCCCAACUCCUCCCUCCUCCGCGAGCACGGCGUCCCCGAUUCCAAGAUCUCCGCGGCGAUCCUCAACAUGCCGUGGCUCCUCACCCGGAGAGCUUCCUCCUUUCGCGACCUCGUCAACCAAACCGUGCGCCUAGGGUUUCCGCGCGGGUCGGGCAUGUUCCUGUACGCGCUUCACGCCAUCAGCAGGAUGAGCAAGGAGACGUUCCAGGCGAAGCUCGAGCUCAUGAAGAGCUUCGGGUGGUCGGAGGCCGAAUUCAGCUCAGCCUUUAGGAAAUCUCCCAACUUUUUGACUCGGUCCAAUGAGAAAUUGAGGGCUGCUAUGAAAUUUCUCGUCGAGGAUGUAGGAUUGGAUCCCGCAUAUAUCGCGGAGCACCCGAUGUUACUCUUGUUUAGUCUCGAGAAGAGGAUAAAGCCUCGACAUAAGGUGCAUCAGAUUAUGAAGGUGGAGGGUUUGUUUGGCUCGAAAGCUAGCUUGCUAUCAAUUGCAUUCUUACCUGAGGAGAAGUUUCUCGAACAUUAUGUAGCCCGGCAUAUCGAAAAAGUUCCAGCUCUCCGAGAAUAUUAUGAGACUGCUCGCCUCGGGAAAGUUCUGGCUUAAUGUAGCAAUGGCAGAGUCUUUAUAGGAGGAUUGCUUUUGGUUGAUUUGGUUGGUUAGUUUUUGUUGACAUGGAAUUGGCAUGGAGCUAAUGGUGAGAAAAGCAUAUGAAAGGCAUGAAGCUGUUUCGCUCUCAUGCAGAAAUGUGAGGACGCGUUAACCUUUUGUAGCAGAUUAUGUCAAGUUCCAGUGUUAGCUUAGGGUUAUUGCUAUUUAAACUGAUUUUGAAGCUUAUCAAGUGUCUAAUGAGGUUGCUAAAUUUUAUUCUGUCUAUGAUGCGAGUCACUUUUCUUGAUGAGGAACUUA